AUGCCUGACAUGCUGGGAUUCCUCCUGUCCUACUGUGGAUGCCCGAGAGCGCGAGGAUCGAAUGAUGCUUCGCAGCAAGAGCUGGACUCCGAGAGGGCUCGCUACGAGAGCAUGCUCGACCUAGCAAGAGAUAAUCCCACAGUGUCAGGUACUGAUGUUGAAAAGGCCUUUGUUGCAGCUAAGAGCGAUGAUCCAAACGCAAACACCAACGUGAAAAAGUCUUCCAAAGCCAACAGUAUUGGUCGAUACAGGAAAUGA